ACCGUACUGAAGCCCGCCACCCACGUGUCGUCCCGGUCAUCCUACUCUUGAUCUUCAUCUUUCUGGUUGAGAUGCAAGCGUGCGUGACUUUAAAAACGCACACAGUGAGUAUUUGUCUCUCGGAUGAGAACUAAGAACGUAUUUCCCCCUUUCCGUGCAAGUUGAGCCGGUGGGAGGCCUCCGACUGUUGGACCUGUUUAGAGGCAUCGUUGACUGCCUCGCAUUCGAUGAGUGUGACACACACAUACCCAGGUCUCAUGCGGCCCGCGUUUCAAUCGCCGAUUUUGUUUUAGCGAAAGUGGCGACGCCAACGGACCUCUCCAUGGCCUUUCCGGAGGAUUCGUCUCCGAACGUAGACUCAGGAUUCGUCGCGGUCUUACGGAAUCGGCUUGUCCACACUGAUGUUGGGUGCGGAAGGUAAACGGAACGAAGCGGUGGUUCUCGCUCGUCUUUUCACAGGAUCGAUGUCUGCAUAGAAGCCAGAGGGCGGCGCUUCGUCAGCCUCCGCAGACAAUUUGACAAGCUGCCAGCUUUUUAAUGGCAAGUGACCAAGCAGCUGUGGAGACCCGCCCCGGCUGCUCUCAGCCCAGAAGGCAAGCCAGAGGAGACGGAAUUGAAACGCGGAACGACGCCUUGCAUCGAACGCAGUCUGCUUCUAGACAACAGUCAGUCUAGAGAAGAGCUUUUAAAAUGCGCGAGAUCAUUUCGCUGAGCUGAGGCUUCCUUUUGUUCUAAGGAAGCCCGCGUUCCAGUUCAAGUCAUCGUCGGUGUAGCCUGUUCUGAGACUUUGAUGUGGUGAAAAGACCUCCCUACGUCGCCUACCGAGCCUGUAAACGCCUGACGAAGGUCGCGCCGCUUGCCCAGGGUGUGAAAUAUACUGGCGACAUCUGUGAAGAGUCCCCGAAGGAUUCUUGCCAUGUCCUUCUAACUGUCCUUGCGUGCAACCGUAACCAUCGUCUAACAGGUCUGGUGCCCCCAAGUGCGUUUGCUUCUCCAGGCGCCCUCACGUUACCUUUUCAACUGGGUGCAGAUCGUUGACUGUGUCUCUUCUGCUGCCUGUCACCCUUUGUUUCAUGGGCUACCUUGUCUGAAAGCACUCUUCUUCUUCUCAGUGUGCUUUCACUCCUUCUGCCGGAUUUCUCUGUUUUAUUGUCGCCGCUUCGGUUUUGCGAGAUCCAUCGUAACCUCGUCUUCACGACUCGCCGGUGACUCUGGGCGAGCCCUAAAAGUCUUCUACCUUCGGGCUUCCUUCCGCCUUCGCGGUCGUCCUUGUGGCGCACCUCGUGCCGCAUCGUGCAUCCCUUGCUCCUCACCUUUCCCCGUUUUCCAUUUUCGCUUUUCCUUUCUGUUUUCCUCUUCUCUUUCGGUUCUUACCUCGUUGUCAUGGCGACUGCGUCGCGCAAGGCUCGCGACCAGAUUCGCGCUGCGCUCGACGCAGGCGAGAACAAGCAGGCGGCGCGCCUGGCGUCUCAGAAUCUCCUCAAGAAGUCGAAAGGCGCUCCAGGCGAGGCCCAAGGCCUCGCCUUGAAGGCCCUCAGAGCUAUCGCUCUCGCUCGAGACGGCCAGGAGAGAGACGCUGUGACGCUUGCCCGAGAAGUCGAGCGGGCAGUGGAGAAGGACGACGAGACUGCCCGUCUCUGUUCAGUCGCGUUCAAGGAACUCCGAGAGAUAUACUAUCUGCCUCCGUCUCGAAUCGACUCACGACGCUAUCCCCCCCUGGAGGAGACAGAAGAAGUGACAGCCUUUCUGGAUGCGGUCGCCGCUUCGACGACGGGGCACUUCGAGCGGCUCCUACCCUCCGCACUACGCCUCUUCAGCAGAUUCAAAAAUCCCAGAUACCUCCAGUGGGCACUCGUCUGUAUGCUUCUGCACGACGCGUCGCCCGUCUCAAAGGCCACUUGGGCGCUGGCGGCGAAGCUGAUGGCAAAGCUCCCAGCACUUGAGCCUUCGAUGUCUGAGGACAGCCACUAUUCGGCGCAGCUCAUGAGCACCGCCGAGGGCUGUUGUGAACGACGCGACAAUUAUGCACGCUUGAUUCUGAUGCUGUCUGUGCUGCGCCAGAACGGCCAAUACGGCGAGGCCCUGGACCUGCUUGCUGCCCACAACGAUCUUUGCCUGGUUCCCGGGGAAGAGUUGGCUCUGAGACUUCAGCUGCUUCUGGAGGGUGGACGAGUUCUGGAGGCUUUUCAAAUCUCGGAGAAACUGCUCGACGAACAGCCCUUUAACACCUUGUUCGCCGAGAACUGCAUCCGACUAGGUCUCAGUCUCGAAGCUGAGAAUGUGGGCACCGGGAACGCCUGCCUUACUCCGUGGAAGGAGAAGUGGGAGGCGGAGAAGCAAACGUCGUUCGAGGCAAGCCAGGCGCUUCUUUCGCUUCACCGUUUGCGGGCCCUUCGCUUCUUCGGGGGCUCCUUGUCUGACAAAUCUUGGACAGACGAACGCCUUCAUCAAGCCUGGACCGAACCUGCGCGGUCGGCGUGCAUCUCGGAGAUCGUCAGCUUCGUGACGACUCACGGACACGACUCCCGUUCCUUCUCGACCCUCCGCAGUCUUCUCGGUUGUUGCCCGUCGUCAAUGCGGGAGAUGUGCUUGACAGCCCUAGAGUCUCUGCAUGGGCCGUGGAAGGAAGCAGUGGAAAAGCAGUUGGCGAGAAUGAGGGAAGGUCAGAUGCUCGCAGCGGCAGACAAUGAGCAGAAGGACGCAAAACGUCAGAGCUUCUCGCAGCUUACGAAGCCUCUCAAGAGAUUCGUGUGCCUCGAAAAACUCCUCCAUGCUCUCGGCCGCUACAAAGUUGUCUCCUCUUCUAGCGCUGCGGCCGUAACAGCAUGGGUUCAACUGCGUUCUGAUCUUCACAGCGCGGCUCCAGAGAUAAGCGACGUGGCGGACGACCUGCUUCUCCUCACGGUCGACGUGCUGCUGCUUUUCGAUCACCACGUGUGCCAGCUUGGAGGAAGAGACACACCCGCACCCGCCCCCGGCCAGGCAGAACUUGUGGGAGAAGGCAAAACGGCUGAAGAAGAAGAUAUGAAGGACGAAGCUGUGGAGCCUCUCGCUCAGCGAAGGUUCUUCUUCGCAGCACUCACGCUGCUUUCUUCCGAGGUGGCGUCCAGACAACCCGCGCCUGCGUCUUCGGCGUCGCCCGCAUCGACUCACGCGUCACCGGCUUUCAGGGCUUUGCUCCUGUGGCUCACCGGGUGCAUGGGGCUAGUUGAGACGAGUCGCCGCUUAUUCUUUUCGUCUUUGGAUAUCAAAAAUGUCAUGUUGUUUUCUCUUGGGUUCCCCCACGCUUUGCCUCUCGUGGACUAUGGCGCGAGCCCUGACGUUGUGUCGUUCUCGAGGUUAAUUCAAGACGGCAAUGAGGAAAACACCAAUUCCCUCUCCGAUGCCUUGAUCGCUUCGUUCGAAGAAGGCACCUACUCGGCGAUUCCGGAGUUUCUGUUCAUUCAGCCGCUCACUUCCUCAUCGCUCUUCACUUCCCUCGUCGACCUCGACGCCACGUUGUCUCAGCCGCUCUGCGCCUCUGCCCCGCCUCCGAGUUCUGUCUCGCUUCAUGAGUUCUCCUACUGCCUGGCCUGUCGACAACACCGGUCGUUCACGGCCUCGCCGUCCUCCGUGUCUGCACUCCUGCUCCUCUUUUCGGCGUCCAGGCGAGCGGCCCGUGCAGGGGCCAGUGGCUUCUCUGCGGAUCUCACCUCCCUCGCCUUGUCGCUGCUUGCCACGGAUGGUGCAGAGGCGGAACCGAAGACCGCGCGACUGGGGUUGUUGUGUCUCGACAAAGAAACCGUCGCCCUAAAUCUUUCUCUUCCGACGUUCUCUUCCUCUCGAGUCCGCCACCUCAGCGACCCUAUCCAGCGGUCGCUUUGCCUCCAUCGGGCAGAGACAACGAAACGCGAAGAGCCGAGAGUGGACGGCGCCGCGCAGCAGGUGGAGGCGAUCAAUAGGGCUGGCAAUGAGGUACCGUUCGUCCAGGCCGCAGAGGCCCUCGAACGCGCGGUCGUCGCAAGCCAAACACUCGCAAAUCCGUGGACGCCUGUUGCGCCUGCUCGCCUCAUUGCGGCCGAGGCACUGGAGGCCCUGCCUCGCUGUCGGUCCCCUGACUUUCUUCGUCUUGUCCAUUCUCUGGCGUCGUCGUCUUCGAGCGCAGAACGUGGCGAUAGCGGCUCAUCAACAGCAGCAACGGACUGUGAAGCACGCAGUGUUGCCUGCCAAGGAGAACGAGAGGAACAAUUAUUGUGCUCCCUGUAUGGCCCUGACUGGACCGAAGAAACAAACGCUACAGGCAAUGCGAUUGGUGGCGGAAAUGCACUCCGAACGAGCAAGGCCACCGAGGUUAUGACUCGCCUUAUCGAAGGCAUUCCCAAGCGCAUUCGCAUGCGUCGACUAACCCUCCUCAGCCUCCUCCCGCCAUCAGCGUUCCCCUCGCCGGUCACUCUUUCCUCCGUUUGCCAUCACCUGAGAGAGGAGCUUUCCGAAUUGGGAUCCACCCCGUCUUCUCGGUGCCCUUCCAGCUGUUCUCUGUCUGCCCCCAGUUCGGCAUCUACCCCUGUCUUUUCGCCAUCUUCUUCUUUAUCGGGUGUCGUUGUAGGCUGGCCGUCGUUGGGGGCAACGCUCCCGACUGGAUGCGCCCUGACGGAGGGGACAGCACCGCGACCAAAUCGAAGCGGUGCUGAGCCGCUCCUCAGCGUUUGGAUGCACGGCGUUGACAUGCUCGAUGCGUCUCAGAACGUCCUUCAAAACUCUCGAACAGCCAGGAAGCAGCACGUGGGGUGCGGCACUGUGGAGAGUGAGGAGACCGCCGAGUCUAGCAGCUUCCUCGUCAGCCUCGACAGCUUUGUGCGUGGCGCGUCAGCGCUCUUCGCCGUUUCCCUGCGGUCGAUACGCCACGGGUUUGCGGCCUUUCUCGGUGCGCGUUUUGGAAGGACAAGGCGGGAGAAGUUUGAGCGGCAAACGGCAAGCGAAGAGAAGGAACGCAAGAAAGGGUGUCGUGCAGACGGAGACGCGCGGGCAGACACAAACGAGGACAGCCGAGAAGACAGAUGCGUUCUACCCAUUUGGGAUGCCUUCUAUAUCCUGGCUUCGUUUGCUAAAUUCCCCCUCGCGACGGCCGCUGCAGCAAUCCGCAACGCCCUCACCUCGGGAGGGAGUAAGAAGGAGGAAGAGAGAAUGCGCCAAGCUAUUUUAAAGAAAAUCGCGUUAUUCAUCAUCGACUUGGAAGAGGUCCAAGCAGAGGCUAAGCAUCUGGCUAGAGCUGCUGACGACCUAAGCGAUGACGACAGCGACGACAAGGGGGAUGCGAACGUGCAUCAUAUGGCGUGGUGGAUGAACACAAGCGUCGAGCUUGGAGGAUCAGGAAAGGUUCUUCGGUUCCCAUUUACAGAGACUAAGGCAUUUUCCAUGGCUGCCAGAAACCUUGCUCGCGACGCACUUGCCUCUUACGCGCACAUUCUUUCCUGUAUUUCAAAGGCUCUGGCUGCUCGACGACAGUGGCUUCUAGAGGCUGCGUCAUCAAGCGCAGACGUCGGCUCCGGCUAGGCGUUCAUGUACUUUUGCGGUGGUCACUUUCCGUUCACCCCCCUCCUUACCUUUUUUUUGCCUUCUGUGGCAUCCUGUAUCCCUUGGAUCUGCUUUCCUUCGUACGGUUUUCUUUCUCCAGGUGGCACAUCUACUCAUGCAACUACCUACAGCAACACAGUAUCCGUCCAGGAUUUACGCUAGGGUUACCAUCCACACUGUCGUUCGGUAGCAGGGGCAUCAUUCCACCGAGUGACCGGUUCGUACAAAUAUGUGCAUCCACGCCUGCUAAUGCGUGCCUUGUUUCUAACUUAAAAGGACCACUGCCUCACCUCGCAUCUGGCAGCCGGC